AUGGAUUCCAUGCAUCCCGACCCUGCACCUGCCCCUCCUCCUUCUUUAGCCGACAUCAAAGCUCAAGUAGACCGACUUGAAGCUGCUCACAAAGCAAAAGGAACUCCCUUAUCUGGUCGAAUCAUCCAUGUUAUGCAUCAUCUCCCAGUCGAGAUCGUCCGAAUCGUACCUGCAGAAUCCUUGGAAUCAGGCGGUAUGCUUUCCCCACCAAUGACACCUGAAUUUAAACCUGAAGAUGUCGAAGCUACUGUUGAAUCAGCAGAUGCCAAAUGGAGAAUCCACUCUAGAACAGCUCACCCAGCUUUGGUUUCAGGUAUAAAAAGUUUAUCUGAUACACAUGAUCAAAUCUUAGUAGCUUGGACAGGUGAAGUUCUGUUACAACCUGAUACAAACGUUUCUCCUCAAACUCAAUCACAAGCUACUUUCCCUUCUAUCGCUCAAAAUCUUUUAGCUCCUUUCACGAACCAAAAUGAUACCCCUCCUCCAACAGCAGCUGCCCCAGGAAACGAAGCUCCUCUUAUGGUAUUUGGUGGUGAAUUCAACGAUCAAGAGAAAGCUGAAGUAGAGAAGGAACUUGCAAGAUUUACCGAAGUAGAACAGGAUAUCGAAGUCGGUGGCAGGUUGAAAUACUUACCCGUAUUCCUUCCUCCAGAUGUCAGUAAAAGCCACUACGAGGGUUUCUGUAAGAAAACCCUUUGGCCAUUAUUCCACUAUCUUCUUUGGCUCGACUCUACCGCUACCGUCCCUUCACCCGACCCUUCAUGGCUUGCGUACCACAAAACCAACCAAAUGUUCGCUCAACGAGUCGCUGAGGUAUACCAACCCGGUGAUUUGAUCAUUUGUCACGACUACCAUCUCCUCUUGGCUCCAAAGAUGAUUCGAGAAGCUCUCGGCCAAGUCUUCCACCCUAAUGCCGGAUGGGGAUCUGCUCACCCUUCACCCGCUCCUCAACAUGCCAACAGGAAAUUUGACUGGGAACAAAGUCAACAAGCUACACCCACUAAUGACAAGUCAAAGACCGAAAAGCUUGGAGGUUUCCUUUCCAACGUCGGUUCAGCUCUUGGUCAGCAUCUCAACGUAGGAGGAGAACAUGGCACUCCUGUGGAAGUCAUGAUUGGAAUGUUCAUGCACACUCCUUGGCCAAGUUCCGAAAUCUUUAGAUGCCUUCCAACUCGACGUGAAAUUCUCGACGGCAUGCUCGGUGCCAACCUCGUUUCUUUCCAAACAUACUCCUACUCUCGACAUUUCGUCUCUACAUGUAUCCGAGUUUGUGGUUACGAAUCAACCGCCGGCGGUGUAGAUGCCAACGGUCAAGUCACCGCUGUUGGUUACUGUCCUAUAGGUCUUGAUGUCAAACGAGUGGUUCACGACAGAGAAUUGCCUGGAGUCAUCCCCAAAAUGGAAGCGUUGAGACAGUUAUACAAGGAUAAGAAGAUCAUCGUUGGAAGGGAGAAAUUAGAUGUUGCCAAAGGUGUAUACAACAAACUUCAAGCUUUCGAGAAGUUCUUGCAAGUUUAUCCCGAAUGGAGAGGAAAAGUUGUUCUCAUCCAAGUCACAACUCCUGCUCUUUCAGAAUCACCUAAACUUGAAAGAAUGACAGCAGAACUAGUCAGUCAUAUCAAUGGUACCUAUGGAAGUUUGGACUUCACUCCUGUCCACCAUUACCACCAAGCUCUCGAGAAAGAUGAAUACUUUGGUUUACUUUCAGUAGCUGAUCUCGCUCUGAUCACUUCCUUAAGAGAUGGAAUGAACACCACUUCAAUGGAGUUUAUCUUAUGUCAAGACAAAACAAACAAAUCUCCAUUGGUCCUCUCAGAAUUCAUGGGAACAGUAGCUUCAUUCCAAUCUGCGCUUCAAAUCAAUCCUCACGAUUUACUCGGUGUGGCUCAUGCCAUCAACAAAGGAUUGACCAUGCCCGAAGCCGAGAAAGAGGAAAGACAUCAAUCUCUCCUCACCAGUGUAGUGGGACACACAUCUUACACAUGGGCUGCUACUAUCCUCAAACAAUUAUUAGAGAACGUCGGUGGUGAACAUACCGCUCAUCAAACUCCAGCUUUGGACGUUGGUAAAUUCAGCCAAGCUUACAAGAACUCAAAGAAGAGAUUAUUGUUAUUCGAUUACGAUGGAACGUUGACACCGAUUGUCAAAGUACCAUCGCAUGCCGUUCCUACCGAACGAACGCUUGCCGCAAUCACCACACUCGCCCAAGAUCCCAAGAAUGUAGUUUACUUGAUCUCUGGUCGAGACGGUGAUUUCCUUGAGGAACAUUGGGGUCACGUUGAGAAUUUAGGAAUGUCAGCUGAACAUGGAAGUUUCGUUAAACAACCUGGAGAUGAAGACUUCACAAAUAUGACUGAAGCUUUGGAUAUGAGUUGGAUGAGCGAAGUUGAAGAAAUCUUCAAGUACUACACCGAGAGAACAACUGGAUCCACAAUUGAAGUAAAGAAAGCAUCUAUUACAUGGCACUACAGAAACUCUGAUCCUGACUUCGGAGAGUUCCAAUGUAAACAAUGUUUAGACUUGCUCGAAAGUUCAUUAGCUCCUAGGCGACCCAUUGAGGUCCUCGUCGGAAAGAAGAACCUCGAAGUUAGACCUCUCGCAGUAAAUAAAGGAGAGAUCGUCAAGAGAUUGAUGUACGAGAACCCCGAUGCCGAUUUGAUCUUUUGUGCUGGUGACGACAAGACCGACGAAGAUAUGUUCAGAUCAUUAAGAACCGUUUUCCCACCUGGAGGAGUACAUUCAUCAGAACCAAUAAUAAUGAAACCCCCAGUGGCCGUAACAUCAACAUUGGAUCCAGAAGAAGUAGCAGAAUUGAAAGAUGUCGAAUUACAUAUCAGACCUGAUGAAAUAUUCGCUACUACAGUUGGACCACCAGCUAAGAAGACUUUAGCAGGAUGGCACGUCACCUGUCCUGAAGAAGUCGUGGAAGCUUUGGAAGUCUUAUUGGAGAAACAAGCUUAA